AUGACACCACAUGGUUUUAUGUUCCGCGGCAUUUUCCCGACUGAAGUAUAUGACAAAAUAAUGAGUUUGAAAGUAGACAAGUCGGCAUUAGAUAUUCUAAGAAGAUGCAUAAAAUACGCAGCAAACCAUAUAUAUGAGGCAUUAAAUAUGGUUUUCAAUCAAUCUCUAUUGCGAGGGAUAUUUCCGGAAAAUUUUAAAGUUUCAAAAGUCACACCAAUAGAUAAAGGGGGUGAGGAGAUGGAUCCUUUUAAUUAUCGACCUAUCUCUACACUCGCUGCACUAACCCAAAUUUUCGAAAAAAUCAUUUGUGAACAGCUUGUUGAUUACGAGGAAAAGAAUGAAAUCCUAUACGAGUUCCAAUUUGGCUUUAGAAAGUGACAUUCAACCUCACAAGCUCUUGCAGAAAUUGCUGAUAAUUUACGUAAUGCGAUAGAUAACAAUUUGCAUUCCUGUGGCGUGUUUUUGGACUUUUCCAUGGCGUUUGAUACGGUGAGCCACGCAAUUUUACUUAAAAAAAUGGAACGGUACGGGAUUCGCGCGCGGCGUGCCUCUCCAACUUUUUGCAAGCUAUCUGACAAACAAACAGCAAUAUGUACAGAUGGGAAAUACAGUUUCGUCAAAGCAAACUAUGACGUGCGGUAUUCCACAAGGGAGUUCCCAAGGCCCACUAUUAUUUUUAAUCUACAUAAACGACUUACCAAACUGUUCAAAUGCUCUAACAUUUAGAAUAUUUGCAGACGAUACAAACGUGUUUGCCUCAGCCCACAACCUGAAAGAUCUUGAGGAGAUAGUUAACUCUGAACUUAAAAAAGUGAAAAUACGGUGUGAUGUAAAUAGAUUACUUUCACUGAAACAAACUUCAUGAUCAUUAAAUCGUCAAAGAAAAAAGAUGACCAAGUAAAUAUCAAGAUUGAAAGUGCAGAUGGUACAAAUGUGCUGCAAAGGAAGCAACAAAUAAAAUAUCUAAGUGUCUUGCUUGAUGAAACGAUGUCUUUCAAUCACCAUAUUUCAUACAUCUGUACAAGAAUUGCGCGAGACAAUGGUAUUAUAUCUAAGCUGAGACAUUAUCUAACUCUUCUAGAGAUGAAACAAAUCUACUACAGCUUAAUAUACCCAUAUAUCUCUGACGCAAUAUUAGUAUGGGGGAGUGCAUACAAAACACAUAUUGAUAAGAUAUAUACAAGCUAA